AUGGACAAGAUCGCCGUGCACGUCGAAGUCCGCGUGGCGCCGACCUCUACCAGACUCGACACGAUUAGGAGACUCGUUGAAGAGCUUCUGCUAUCUUCCUUCGAUGAACUCACUUGCCCGAAGGUGCUCCCUCGGUCGCUGUGGGACGAGCAGCCCGUCCUGGCUUCGUGCGUCGAGCACCUGGCAACCUCCGAGCUGUCCCAAUCGUCCAUCCUGGACUCUUUUCUGGUUUUCUCCGAAUCCUACGUUCACACGGUAUCCAUACCCAUAGACCGCUGCGAGCUGGACAUCCACGUCUAUCAGGCCUUCGAAGAUGACGUCUUCGAGGAAACCAUUUCUGCCGAUGAGAACGUCGAUUCGAACGUCAGUGCGGCGUCUGUAUGCACGCUUCCCAACAAAUCUUGGGAAGGCCUUUGGGACAACCUCAUCUACUCGGACGAUAUCAAGAUGAGCCUGCUGGACUACAUAUAUGCUACGGUAGUGCUCAGCGACGCCCGUGUGGACUUCAACAUCGUUACGUGGAAUCGUGUGGUCUUGCUGCAUGGCCCGCCAGGCACGGGAAAAACCUCUCUGUGCCGAGCCCUCUCUCAGAAACUCGCCAUUCGUCUAUCAGACAGAUACAACAACUGCCGUCUGCUCGAGAUCAAUUCACAUUCGCUCUUCUCUCGAUGGUUCUCAGAGUCAGGAAAGCUCGUCCAACGUCUAUUCGCGAGCGUGAACGACAUGAUCGAUGACGAAGGCAGUUUUGUCGUUGUCCUAAUUGACGAAGUCGAGUCGCUCACCGCGGCCCGUGCUGGCGUCGCCGCAGGGACUGAGCCCAGCGACGCCUUGCGCGUCGUCAACGCGCUCCUCACCCAACUCGACAAGCUCCGCUACCGGCCCAACGUGCUCGUCUUGUCGACAUCCAACCUCGCGAAGGCGAUCGACUCGGCCUUCGUCGAUCGCGCCGAUGUCGUGCGUUACAUCGACCUACCGCCCGCCAAGGCUGUAUAUGAAAUCCUCCGAUCUUGUCUGCUUGAGUUCGUGGCCAAGGGGGUGGUCAAUCACAUCGACAUACCGCCGCUCGGGCAGCGAAAUCUAUGGGCUGCCGACGGAUCCCGCACGGUCGUCAAAGACGGCAUGGCGAUCGACGGUGAAAGCCUGGACUCCGAUACGAAGACCUCGCCGGAUCCCACCGAUCGUUCAUACGCCGCGGCCCGCCGACUGUUCUCCAUCGCCGAGCGGUGUCGGGCACAGAAAAUGUCCGGGAGAGCCCUGCGCCGUCUGCCUGUUCUGGCGUUCGCGCGCCACGCAGCGACGCACAGGUCGAUCGUUCGCCCACUCGCCGCCUCAGCGGACCCGAAGAAGAAGCGCAGGAAGGCAAAUGGUGCAACAGUUAACGAGAGCCCAAGGAAACGCAGCGAGGAGGACGAUGAAAAGAGUAGUGGUCAGAAGGCGGCCGCGGACCGUAUGGAGGCGGAGGCGCUAUUAGCCGCGCUAGAAAGGGUUGUAGAGGAGCAGGGCACGGAACGGGAGAGGUUUCGGUAAGGCGCCGGGGGUGUGUGGAGGUAUCCAUAUAUUUUUCUUGGUGGGCCCUCAACGGCGCAAAACUGCUCGACGCCGUAUGCUAAAAUGUUCCCGAAUAUUCGGACAUGCACCGGUUUCCAGCGGUCCACUUGUGAGCACCUCGGGCGCAAGCCAGAGUUCGGCGCUCAGCCAUCAACUGCCUCUACUACGCAAUGCCCCUUUACGAUACAAGUCUAUCAUUAAUUCUACCGUGAC